AUGUCAAGUACAGCGAUAAAGGUAAUAGAUGAAAAAGAGAUUGCCAGGUUAAUGGCAAUUACACAAGGAACACCAGAGUACUUUAGUGAAAGAAAGAAAUCACCCGCAUGUGGUAGUGAUUUAGCAGCAAUGAUUGGUGUUAACCCUAUAAAACCCCUUUGA